UACGAUAACACAAACGUGAACAUUUAAAAUCAUUAUAACAAAGUCACCUGGCUGUCUUAUGAAAAAUCCCAGUCGAUAUAAAUAACUUCUUUAGACAAGACAGUCCGACACCGGAAAGUCAGAAGGAAAUAUCCUCUUCAGAGAUGCUUGAAUCGAUAAUGUCUGAUACAGACGAGGAUGAAAAUUUAUGCGCUAUAUGCUGGGAAGCAUUUACACAGCCAAAAUUUUUACAAUGUCGUCACACAUUUUGCAAGUCAUGUCUAAAAGGCUACCUAAAGAAAACUGAAAAUUCCACGGAAAUAAAAUGCCCUAUCUGUAGAGGAACGCAAAAAUUAAACAAGGAGGGUUUGGAUGGGUUGCUUGACAAUUACUUUGCUCAUCGCCGACUUCCGGACCAGCCAGAGAUGCUUUGUUGUAGCGUGUGCUUUGACGAAGCCAUUUUAAAGACAUGUCUGCAUUGUUUAGAAAAACAUUGUCCCAGCUGCAGACAAUCUCAUAAACUAGCUCUAAAGAUGGCCGGUGAAAGCUGUGAAUAUGACGCCGACUCUGAAUCUGAUGACGACACCCCGGUCGAUUUCGAUGAUAAAGACUUAAAUGAUGAACCCAAUGUACCAUUUAGUGUGUUAAUGUCGGGUCAAGUUGUUAAAACACAAAUAAACGUUAAACUUAUCUCUGCUUUCAAAGUCAAGUCGAUGGAAAACAGCGCUGAGGAGGACCAAAACCCGCCAAUAUACACGAUUUUUCCCAAAGGAAACAAUCGAUUUCUAAUUAUAAUAAAUGUUGGACCGGAAAUUGUUGAAUAUGAACCGGAUGGGACAGAAAUUAAUCGAUUAAUGUUUAGUGGUUCGAUUUCUGAUAUGAGAGAGACAGCAAACAAUCGUAUAUUGUUUGUGCAUCCAAAGGAUCCUUUUGUUUUAGAAAUUAAUGGGCAAAACAGAAUUACUGUAUUUGCACAGUGCAAAGGUUGUAGGCCUAUAACUUUAGCUCCUUUUCAAGAUGGACGCAUAGCUGUUGCAGGCUUUGUAAUACCUGUAGAGGAAAAAGAAGAAAAAGAAGGAGAAAAAGCGGCCAUGUUAAUUAUUUACGAUAAAGCUGGAAAGAUGAUUAGAGAACUAACAGAGGGACCAGAUGGACCAAUUUUAAGAUUCCCGAUGGGUAUAUCUGUCAGUUCUUUUAAUAACAAUAUAUGUGUAGCUGAUCAAGACUCAAGAUGUGCUAUAAUCACGGACGAGAAUUGUAAUCUUAUAAAAAGAUAUGACGCUGGAAGGACUUUCAGAGAGUUUCGCUUUUUAUGGAACCCUACCGAAUUUGCUCCAAUUGCUGUAUGUAACGACCCUGAUGGAAACUUCAUUGUGGCGAAUACUGCUGACGGUCUUCUGCACGUUUUGGACCCGAAUGGAACAUUCCUUGGUUAUAUAUUAACUAAAGACGCCGAGGGGUUCGGUCAUCCUGCAGGGAUAAUGAUGGAUGACAAGAACAGGAUUUGGCUAGGGGAUCGAUUUGAUGGAAAGAUCAGAAUAUAUGAAAUUUCUAGCUAUAAAAACAGCUUUGAUGUACGUGAUUCUGAGCAAUCACCUUACCAUAGAUUUUUACAGAAUAGAUAAAUAAACUGUAGGUUUACACAUAUUCUUUUACCUCUCUUAUUGCAUGAAUAUGGUUGUAUUAUACUAAGUGUGUACUGAACAUAAAACCGUGUGGGUUUUUUUUUGCACUUACCAAAAUGAUUUAAGGUAUAUCGAUUGUCACAUGAAGACAUCAGAUGCAUUCCAGAAUUUUUUUUUCGGCAUAGUGUAUUUUGAUUCAUGUUUUUGUUGAUGUUUUAUGAUUACUAGUAAUACAUGUAGUUGUGUUUUAACACAUUUUGGGGGAUAUAAAGUGAAAUUACAGUUAUAUUUAACAAUUUAGAGAUGUGUUUAAGUUGAAAUCGCUUAAUUCAAUAAAAGUCGAUAAAA